UCUUCGGAGUAGAAACUGCGCCGAGAACCACAACGCCACCAAAAACUGAAACAAACCACCCAAAAACACCCGUUUUUGUUUGUUUUUCCACACCGACUCACAGCUCCACAGUCAGCCGCAUGAGUUCAUGGACUGCCUGCUGCUGGGCAACGGCGGCGGUGUCGGUAGGAGCGGAGUAGGUUUCGGAUCCAAGAUGGCGGACAAGGCGGCGAGGGAGGACGCGUGUCGGGAGUACCAGUCCUCCCUGGAAGACCUGACGUUCAACAGCAAGCCGCACAUCAACAUGCUGACCAUCCUGGCCGAGGAAAACCUCAACUUCGCCAAGGAUAUCGUCGCUAUUAUUGAAGCGCAAAUCAGCAAGGCCCCAUCUGCCGAGAAGCUUCCAGUUUUGUACUUAGUGGAUUCCAUAGUGAAGAAUGUUGGAGGAGAGUACCUUGCAGUGUUUGCUAAAAACCUAAUCACUUCAUUUAUAUGUGUCUUUGAAAAGGUGGACGAAAGCACUAGAAAGAGUUUGUUCAAGUUGCGAUCGACGUGGGACGACGUGUUUCCUCUGAAGAAGCUGUACGCGUUGGACGUGCGGGUCAACUCCGUGGACCCGGCGUGGCCCAUCAAGCCGCUGCCGCCCACCGUCAACGCCAGCAUUCACGUCAACCCCAAGUUUUUAAAACAGUCUGAGGAGGCUCCCUCUCCACAGCCUUCUCCCACUCAGCCGACACCACCGCCGGCGCCAACGCCACCACCACCCGCGGCCCCGCCGGUCCCGGUCCCCGUCCCUGUCGCGGCCGCCACUGCCAGCCAGACCAGCCUGACCCAGGAGCAGCUGAUCCGACAGCAGCUGCUGGCCAAACAGAAACAGCUUCUGGAGCUUCAGCAGAAGAAGAUCGAGCUGGAGCUGGAGCAGACCAAAGCACAGCUAACCGGCGUGUUUGUGAUCCCGACAUCGACUUCGGCCUCGUCUCCGUCAGCGCAGAGCGCAGCGACAAAGACCGUCGCCCCAACUGCUCCCGUGGUCCGACCGUGGAUCCCUCCUCCGGCUCAGACGGAAGCCAAGCCCCCGACCAGAGACCCUCGUCUGAACCGCCUUGGCCCCCCAGCUUCCUCCCAGGCCAAAGAACAGCCUGCUGGGAAGAAAGAUGGCCUCGCCACAACAGGAAGUCCGGUCCUCACGCCCGAGAAAUCCAGCCGGCCGGACAAAGUCAAAACCCCGCGGAAAGAAGCGUUGGAGGAGAAGGCCAAGUCCAAAUCUCCGUCUCCGAUGGCCAAAGUGGUCCAGAGUAAAAACAAGGUGGAGGCUGAGAUCCAGAAGUCAGCUGACGGCACCAAGAAAGACCCGCGGCUGAAGAAACGUCCACAGGACAAAACCGGCGAGGCCAAAGACGAGGAGCUGAAGGAGAAGAAACGAUGCCCCGACAAGAAGGAGCGCGAGGAGGCUCCUCGAGGAGUCGACCCCCCGAGGUCCAACAAGGGGAAGCUGGCGAACGGCUCGGUGGGAAAACACGAGCGCGCCGAGUCCACGGAGAAGCUCGAGUUCAAGACCGGAGGCAACGCCCGCACACACGCCAGGAAACGCACCCGCUCGCGGUCCAGGUCCCGCUCGCCCUCCGCCGUCGCCGGCGCCUCCCCGAAGAGGAAGGACCGGCCCAAGAGCAGAGCCAGGAGCAGCUCCUUGUCCCCGUCGCCGUCUCACAAACCCGGCAAACCCAGGAGGGUCCGCGCAGACGAACCGGAUCACGUCAAGCCCGGCCGAGGGGACCGACCCGCACCCAAGAAGAACCAAUCAGAGAGCAGGAGGUCAAAGAGGCCGGCGGAGGACCGGCACUCCGAGUCCAGAGACGCUCACUCCCCACGGAGCCACGACGGAGGAGGCAAGGAGGCCAAGGAGGCUCCUCACCGCUGGAGGAGCGGUUGGGACGAGAACAAACACCCGAAGCUGCCGGAGGAACCUCACGUGAAGCCGGGACCUCCGAGACACAAACCGUACGGCACCCCGACCCGCCCCGACCCCCGGACCCCCAAGCAUCGCCUCAGCGUGGACGCAAACCUGCAGAUACCUGAAGUCCUAAACUCCGCCUCCAAGAAGGACCUGCUGCGGAGGGCCAGUAAGCGUCUGGAGAGCGGGGAGAUUUCCCAGGAUGAGUUCCUGGACAUGGCCCACCAGAUCAAACACUUCUUCCAGUACCAGGAGGAGAAGCAGCAGCGCUCCGACAGCUGGGACGACGACGCCACCGCCGCCGACUUCCCCGCCAAGAAGCUUCAGCUGCUGAGCUCGCCGCCCUCCGCUGCGCCGCGGGGCAUGGACGCGGCGGAGCUGUCGUACUACGAGCACAAGUCCAAACUGAGGAAGACGCAGGUCAACCGCCGAGCUGCCGGGGAGGAGUGGGACGGCGAGGAGAGUCCGGAGGAGGGCGAGGGGGUCGGGCCGGGCGUGAAGACGGGCGCCGUCCGCAGUGCCGCACACACGCCGUCACAUAAAAGCAGCCGGGCGCCGAGGGAGCGGCAAGGUGAGAGGAGGAGCAAAGAGCUGGAGGAGCCUCGGCUGAUCGAGGAAUACAACCACGGCAAAGAGUUCCCCACCUUGAAAUCUCUACCGGGGCUUCGCUUCAGGAGGAGAGCCGACCCCAGAGAGCCCAGUGAGCGGGAGUGGAACUCGCCGCUGACGGAGCGGCCGCUCGACGAACGCGAGGAGCAGAAGAGCGGCUACGACGCCCCGCGGGGUUACGGCCCGCCUGCCGACUCCAGAAUCCCCGACCCGCGGAGGCCUGAGGGGCCCCCAGCCGCCGGCACCGUGGUCCACAGGAACUGUCCGAGCCCGGUGGGUCUGGGGCCGGCGGCCCCCAGGUUCGAGCGCGAGCGCCUUUCGCCCCUGAAGGACGCGGCGGAGAUGAGCCCAAUCCCUCGCUUCGAGAGCCCCAACAGCGAGCACUCCGACGACGGGCCCCUGAACCUGGACGCCCCCGCUCCUCACGCUCCCCAAUCCAUCCUGAAGGCGCCCGUCCGCGUGGGACCGCUGACCUCGGUCCGGCAGCACAGCGUCCCGGGACACACGCCUCCCCAUGACGGAGGACACCCGCCGCCCCGGUACGACGGGCCGGGACACAUGGGCCCCGCCAGACCGCACCCUCCGGGGUGGUACGAAGGCGGCGGCCCCGGUCGCUACGACGACCCGUCCCGGUUUGAAGGGCCUCACCACCAGGGUCCCGGCAGGUUCGACGGCGGCGGUCCGCCUCACCACAACAUGCCAGAGAGGUUCGACGGACCCCACAUGUCUCACGGUCCAAUGAGAGGCGGGGAGGGUUUGGGGCGCUACGACGGUCCGCCUCACCCUCAGGGCCCCGGGAGGUUUGAUGGUCCUAUCGGUCAGCAGCCCCUGAGGUUCGAGGGGCCGGGACCCGGGCCGGGUCACUUCGAGGGCCCCAUGCAGCGUUUUGACGCACCACGGUGCUUCGACAACAACAUGGCUCCUGGCUCUGGACCAAUGGGCUUCCAGCAGCAGCGGCCCAUGCGCUUCGACGGCCCGAUGAGGUUUGAGGGACACGGUCCGAUGCGCUUCGACGGCCCCGUUCAGCCGGGACCCAGGUUUGACGUGCCCCAUCAGGGCGGUCCCCCGCUCUACGAGGGCCCCCUGAGGUUCAACCCCCAGCACAACCUGCAGCCCCCCAUGAGACAGAUGGCUCCGCCCAUCUACGACAACGCCAUCGCCCCGCAGCAGAGCUUCAACAUGAACCCCCAGCGCUUCCCGGAGCCCAUGAACUCUCAGUUCCCCGCCGGGCCGAUGGCGUUCUCGGCUCAGUCGGCCGGAAACUUCAACAUGCAGCCGGCUCCGCCCUUCAGCCAGCCAGGCCCCGCCCCCUUCUACAACCCUGCCGCCCCCGCCGUUGGCAUGCAGCAGACGGUGAACAUGUUGGGGAACCUCAACCAGCCCUUCCUGCCUCAGAACCCAGUGCCUUUCGGUCAGCAGACUCCACAGGUUGCUCCUCCAGAGAACCACUUCGGUCAGGUCGACGUCAACGACCUGCUGACCAAACUCAUCUCCAACGGCAUCAUCAAACCGUCGCAGCCCGACGCCGCGCCGACCAGCAGCGCCGAACCUACGUCCACGCCUCCGGUAGCUGCGCCCGCGGCGGCGGUGGUGGUGGAGGAGGAGGAAGAGGAGGUGGAGGAGGAGGAGGAUGACGACCUCCCAGACCUCACCAGCUUCACCGUCGACGACAUGAAGCAGCGCUUCGAGAGCGUGGUGACCAAGCUGUACUCGGGGAACCAGUGCUGCCUGUGCAGCAUGAGGUUCACCGCCGCGCAGACCGACCUGUACGCCGACCACCUGGACUGGCACUUCAGGCAGAACCACGCCGGCAAGGUGGCCAGCAAGAAGAUCACGCACCGCCGCUGGUACUACGGCCUCCGGGACUGGGUCGAGUUCGAGGAGAUCGCCGACCUGGAGGAGCGAGCAAAGAGUAUUUUCUUUGAGAAGGAGAGCGAGGAGGAGGUCCAGAAGAGCCAGCAGGCCGCCAAGGAGAAGGAGUUCCAGAGCGUGAAGGCCACCAAGGACCAAGUGGGAGAGUCGUGUGAAAUCUGUCAGGAGCCGUUUGAGACGUACUGGGUGGAGGAGGAGGAGGACUGGUUCCUGAAGGACGCACUCAAGGUCGACGAAAAGAACUUCCAUCCCGCCUGUUUUGAAGAUUAUAAAAAUACGUCGUCCUACCUCGACGUCACGCCGUCGCCCAAAAAGGUGCUCGCUGAUCACCCGCUGAGCGCCUUCAUAAAGAGGGAAGAGGAGGAGGAGGAGGAGGAGGGCACUUCCUGUGCUGUUGUAGCCGCCGCCGUCGCUGCUGCUGCUAACGCCGCCGCCGCUGCUAACGCCGUCGCCGCCUCAGUGAAACAGGAAGUAGAGUCUGAGGCGAGCGAGCCAGCUGCUGUGAAGACGGAGGAGGAGGAGGUUUUAACGGACGAGUGUGAUCAGAACAAAGCGUAACACACGGCUGCUCUCGGCGUCACCGUUUCCUUGGCGACAGAGGAAGAGUGUUUUUUAGCGCGGAGGCCGGGUCCUCCUCAGCGACAUAAACUUAAAUACAUUUUUGUAUUUGGAAUCUGCGUGACCAUUUCCGGUCUCCUGUUUUCUCUGUGAAUUGAAACUGUUUAUUUAAAAAAAAAAAGAAAUGCUUUGUUUCCUUUUUUUUUUGGCUAAGAGAUGUAAAUGAUUUAAUUUAUAAAUUAAAGUAUUUUUUGGUA